UUGUGCAGGUGUGUGGGGAGAUCUCUCUCUCUCUUUCUCUCUCUCUCUCUCUCUCCAUGGAGAGCAAGAAACCUUGUCCUCGGGUAAGAGUGUAAAUUAAGCUCUCACUAUUUAUUGGAGGCUCUCAGCCAGCUUUUGAUGGAUUUCUUGGGAUUUCGUCUCUUAAAUGACAGACUAAAUACAAUAUUCAGCCGAAAAACAGCAGAAUUUCUGAUUCAGAAAAUGCCUGAUUUCUUGCGUGUGCUGAUACCUCAGGAAACCCAUUCUAGUGUUUUUGCCGGACGUUUCAGUCAUUGUCAUGACUUCGGACAGCUGGGAGCAAUGGUGGAGUAACUGGGUUUAGGAAUUUGCUUAUUUGGAUUUUUUGUCCAUAAAUGAAAAUAUUCUUUCCUGCCUUAUCAAACAUUGGAUUGUAUCUGAAACAGACAAGGACUGGGUCUACUUUCUCCUGGCUUGUUGAUUUCUGGAGUUUGAGCGCUCCUUCUUUAUGAAGGUGUGUGUGAGAGCAGAAUGGACAGACAGGUGUGCUGAAGCGUCCGUGUGUCUUGGCAUUCUCUCGCUCUGGGAAGAUGUUGGGUGGCUGGAGGCUGGCGGGCUGGCAGUCUUGCUCUGAGACCCUUAUUCGGGGUCUGGCCUCUGUUGCCUGCCUCAGCCUGUUCCUCACAGCUCUCUCACUGGACAUCACGGCUGCAUCAGAGUCGCUUGUGAGGACACACCAAACACACACCACCCAUGGAGUCAAGAACCACCACACUGUGCCUAUCACUUUCAACAGAUCACCUGGGUCUCUACGAGCAGGACAUGCAGGCACCACAUAUAUAUUCGGGAGAGACGGUGGUCUGAUCACAUACACAUGGCCACCUCACGACCGUCCAAGCACACGAGCCGAUCGGCUGGCGCUGGGGUUCAGUACUCAUCUGAAGGAAGCUCUCCUGGUGCGAGUCAACAGCUCCUCGGGGUUAGGUGACUAUCUCAAACUACACAUUGUAAAUGGCUACAUUGCAGCUAUAUUUAAUGUGGGCACAGAUGACAUCAACAUCGAGGAGAAAGCAAAGUUUGUAAAUGAUGGAAAGAACCAUAUAGUGAAGUUCACAAGAAGUGGCGGCAAUGCCACGCUGCAGGUGGAUGAUCUACCUGUUAUUGAGCGUUACCCCACAGGCCGUCAGCUCACAAUCUUCAACAGCCAGAUGACCAUCCAGAUCGGGGGGUGGGAAAGAGACCACAGCCGUGCCUUCCAGGGCAAAAUGUCUGGUUUCUAUUAUAAUGGCUUGAAGGUUUUUAACAUGGCUGUGGAAGGAGACCCCAACAUCCACAUCGAAGGCAGCGUGAGGUUGUUUGGGGAGAUGAAGUCUUCCUCCAUAACACCACAGUCCAGUGCUAAAUUUUCUCGCUCUGAGACCUCUACCUCAAUCAUGGAGAUCACCACCUCCAACCACAAGAUCAUAACGACUACAGCAAGAGCACCUCAACAGAAUACUGAUGACUUGCUGGUGGCAUCUGCCGAGUGCCCAAGUGAUGAUGAGGACAUAGACCCAUGCGAGCCAAGCUCAGGUGGAUUAGCUAACCCUACUGGACCAGGGGUGAAGAGCUAUCCUGGUCAGUCUGAGGUUUUCCAUGAGUCCAGCAGCACCACAGGCAUGGUGGCUGGCAUCGUGGCUGCUGCUGCACUUUGCAUUCUUAUUCUUCUCUAUGCCAUGUACAAAUACCGCAACCGUGAUGAAGGAUCGUACCACGUGGAUGAGAGUCAAAACUACAUUUGCAAUUCAGCCCAGUCAAAUGGAACAAUCUUAAAGGAGAAACCAAUGGAUGGUACCAGUAGUGUCAGCAAGAGCAAGAAAAACAAAAACAAGGAGUAUUAUGUGUGAUUCUAUCAUUCUCAUCCACAGUUCUCACAAAAGUCAACUAUAAGACCUACUCAUGUAAGAUAACAAAAACUGAGAGAUUGUGGAAAAGCAUUUAGUCAUUAUGUCUUAAACAGAAUAGAUGAAAGAACAGAAGGACAGCCACUUGCGGAUGUUCAGAAAAUGUCCAGCAGGCCGGUCGGAGUAAGACAAGCUGAUUAAAUAUCCAACAAUUACCCAUUAGUGAUGGAAAGAUGACUCUCACUUUCUUGUGUAACAAAUGCAAGAAUGGAAUGAAGAAUACGCAAUAGACUAUUACAAAAUGCUUUUGUGAUUUGUUUUGUUUUCCUGAAGCAUGAUAAUUCUUAUAGAGCUAAUAUGAAUGAAAGUUGACGAUAUAAUGGAAAAGAAGAUUCUUUUUGGCAAACAUAUGGCUUGCAAAACAGUUGUGGAUAUCUCAGUGAUUAUGGAUUUUAUGGUUAAGUCUUAUUUAAUGUUUCUAUACAGUAAAACCACAACUGUUUGUUUUAUAACCUGUUGCAUUGAGGAUGCAAACUUUGUCUACUAUAUGUCAAAAAAUGUCUUACAUGAGUCUAUUAUAGAGUUUACAGAUAACAAACAAUGCAAUUUGUUUUUUACAUUUUAUUUUUUCUAUUUUGUUAUCUGCAAAUGACUUUAAAAGUUGUCUCUUAACUUUUUGACUAUGGGUGUGCACAUACACGGCCCAUAUUUUCGAAUGUACUCUGAAAGACACACAAAACAGUGAAGCCAGAUCUUUCCAAAGACAUAUCACUAUCAAUAAACUCACAAACCUAAACUCCCGAGAGAUAGUUCUCAGCCUGCAGUGACAGAUGGGAUGAGUCCAUGUUUAAUUGUGCUUACCCUCAGAAUGCAAUCAUAUAUCAAAUUCAUUCACUCAUUUCCAUCAUGUGAGUACAUCAACAGAGUACACUCAUUUGACUUAUUUUUUUUAGACCUGUAUUGUUUUUUAUACAGUAUUUUAUUUCUGAGACUUUAAAAUUGUAAGCAUUAAAAAUAGCUGUGAAACAUUUAUCAAUCAAAUAAAAUAUU